AUGCCUGAGAGUGAAGUGACGAGGGAGGAGACAUCUUCUUUAGAGGAGGGAGAGGGGAUCCCUAGAUCCGUGAAACUGGAUGAAGGAGAAGGAGAAGAAAGUGAUAGUGGGCAUGAAAUCGUUAGUUCCACAGAUGACGACUAUUAUCUAAGCGAUACUGAAGAUUUAGAUAAUGUGUUGAGUAAUGGAGAUGGACAUGAGAGACUAGGUUAUUCAUCGACACUUGCAGAUCAUUCUGCUUACCUUGCAAGUUCUCUAUCCAAUGCCAUGGAUUCAUUGCAAUUGGACAAAUCAUUGGUUGUGCAGGCACAACUAAGUGGGAAUCUUAAUAACGACACUCAGAGACUCAUUGAUAAACGUAUCGAGGUGGUUGAUCGAAUUAAAAAUUUACAAGCCCUAUAUAGGUCCCAUUUUUCCCCCGUUGAAGGUGUUAGUAAGUUGGAACGCAUCCUGAAGGAUAUGGCCGACAUUGAGAAUCGUAUUGAGAAAUUACAAUAUGGAACUUCAACAACAACAACCGGUGGGUUUGCAUCAUUAUUCCGAGGUCAAAAGUCUGGAAUUGUACAGAAAUUUCCAGUAGAGUACAAUCGUGCUAGGGACAAGGUUAUCGAAAGACAAGUUGAAGAAGACGAAUAA